UCCGGUUACAAUUUUAAUGAGGAAAACAGAAAUUCUGCAGAAGAUUAAUGGAAAAUUUGGCUCAUUCUGACUAAAGACAUGAAACCGAAACAUGCACAGAACCCAUUAAUGUAAAUCAUGGCAUGAGAACAUAGACGUGAAAUGCAACGUUUCGGUGAUAUGAAGAAAUGAGUGGGUUCUGGAAUGUUAGUAUGCAGUCCAAGAAGAAAAUUGGACUGUUUUCAUGUGUUGCUUUCUUGAUAAUUGUUAUAUAUAUCUUCCGCUUGAUUCCAUGGCGUAGUUACAAUCAUCACGGAAAUGUCUUUGAGUACGACGAGUAUGGAGACGGAGAUUACGACGAGAGAGCUCGAAUCAAUCACGCCAGAAAACAUGUACCGAAAUGGAAUUACACGAAGGAAAAUAUAGGAAUUUUUAUACGACCUCGUCAUGAUUGGAUGCCCACACCAAAACCAACAAAGUUUGUUCCACAAAUUGUUGUCAAAAAAAAUGAAGAGCUUUCUUUUUCACCAUCCUUACCACUACCAAAAAUUGAGGAGAACUUUUACAAGUUUCUGGAACAGAAAGAUGUUAUCUGCAAACAAGAUAAACGACUAGGUUUUCAGCAUGAUGGGGGAUAUAAUGUCUGUUUUUCACCCCCAUUUGGUCUGAAAAAGCCAUGUCUUGUAUAUUCCUUUGGUAUUGGAAAUGACUGGAACUUUGAUGACGCAGUUUCCAAAAUCUAUGGCUGUAGGGAUCUGGCUUUUGAUCCAAGCUUAAAAGAUCUGAAAAAUCAUAAUCGAAGCAAUCUAAUCACAUUCCAAAAAAUUGGAUUAGGUGGGAGAAAUGGAAUCAACAGCAAAGGAUGGAAAAUGAAAACACUGAGUCAGCAUUUGAAAGAUGAAGGUCACACAAAGUCCAUCAUUGACUAUCUGAAGUUUGAUGUGGAAUAUACCGAAUGGAAGAUUCUUGCCAACAUUUUAUCUGAUAAUUCUCUGGACAAUGUGAAACAGAUUGGAUUUGAAAUGCACACUCCCGAGUUUCUAGCCAAGUUCAAGAACAAAAACAAUCCGAAACAUGCCACAGUGGAUGAUUACUUAAAAAUGGUGAAAUUGUUGAAGGGACUGGAAAAGAAAAACUUUCGUAAAUUCAACCACCGAAGAAAUCCAUUUUGUGAAUACCAUGUGACAUAUGCCGUCAAAACCUAUUUCAGCUGCUAUGAACUGCACUAUGUCAAUAUGAACUUUGUAACCUCAAACUAUACCAUAGUGGAAAAUUAAUAUAAUUGCCUUGAAAUGAUGAAAUCCAAAUUUUUUUGUUUUGUUUUGAGAGCUCCACGUGCUAUUUUUGGUAUUCUGUUAUCUUUAUCAAAGACAAAGGAUGACUUCAAUCACUUCAUAUGUUUUAGCUCAUGGUCAUCACCAUGCAACCCCUGACCAGGAUAAAGGCAUAAUACUCAAGAUUUAGAAUAUUACUCAUUUCAUUUUAUAGUUAAAUAUUUAGUGUACUGGACAUGUAUUUAUCUACUGUGAAAACAGCAUUAUUUUUAGACCAAAUUUCAGAUCACCUAAGUUACUCAAUGUGACCAAUUGCUAUCCGUAUUAUGAAAUUUGGUUUCAUGAAUAUUUGUAGGCAUCAAUUUUUGUGAAUUUAGUGAAAAUCAGAGUUUCAAGGAUACAUAUAUUUGUGACCAUUUAUUCUAUCAAUACAGUGUGUUAUUAGAUAUUUCACUUCAAUAGGCAUUUUAUUUUGUGGAUCAGCUCAAUAACGAAAUCCUGAAAAUUGCUGUAAUACGAUGUUCAAUGAAUAUUGAUGAAACCACAGUAUGAAGACCUGAGUCACCUUCUCCUGAGCAUCUAAUUCUACCAGGCAAACUGACUGUCAGGUUAUGAUGAGAUUAUAUUGAGUUUAAUAACUUAAAUUCCAAUUAAAAAUAUCAGUACCCUUUAACUCAUUGUGUGUGUUGAUCAGUUAGAAAAUAUUUUGGACACUGCUGCAUAAAUAUUUUGAAUUUUUUUUUAUUACAAGCCCAAACCAAUGCUUGAUCUUUGGCCAACAUGAAGAAAGGUUUUUUAAACAACAUGCCUUCAUCUUUAUAGUUUCUUUUGCUUUAUUAAAAACAAUAAUUUGUUCUUUUCUUCAUAGGAGUGUCUAUCAUACCAGAGUAACUGUUUGGCCGUGGUAUCAUUUAUUUUAAAUUACAUUGUGUGACCUAUGUUCUCUUACUAGAAAAAAAACCCCACUGUAAUUAUGAUGGUUUGUUAUGAAGAGGUUGUGACAUUUUGUACCAAGAUUUAUAAUGAAAUGGUGGUGAUAUUUUGUACCAAGAUUUUUUAUGAAAUUGUUGCUGUGUUGUUUAUGUGUUCACAAGAUUUUUUCUCUCAACUUUGUAUGUACAAUAUAUAACAAUACAAAUGUAAAUAGUGAGUAUUCAGUUUUUGAAUCAUACAUGUAAUAUACCUUUUAUAUAUUCCAUUUAAACAUGUGUAUUAUGUGAACAAUAUAUUUUUUGUUAUUUUGUUUUUAAAGGUGCAUUCCAAUUUCUGAAAUAAAUAUAUGGAAAUUUA